AUGGAUUUGUAUGCUUCUUAUGUGCUUAAAUCUUUUAAAAGUAUCGAUGUCUUUCGGUGUGCCUCCAUUGCGUGACCAAAAAAUGCCCUUCGCCAUAGGUGAAAAAAAGAGGUCUACAAGUAUUGUUACUAAGAUAGAAAGUAUUCCGCAUCACGCGUUGAUAGUUUACGGAGGCUUCUACUGUUCUGGCAGUUUGAUCAAAAGUCAGAUCAUCUUGAGUGCCGCCAGUUGUUUUCUCAAAAGAAACAACCAGAAUAUUGUCGUCAAACUCGGAGCGAACACUAUGACUGAGCCUGGCCAAGUUAUACCAGCAAUUGAUUUAAAACUUCACGAGUAUUUUGAUCAUAACACGAAUUGGAAUAACGACAUUGCUUUAUUGGUAUUAAAGGUGCAUGUAAAGUUUAGUGAAUACACAAAGAAAAUACAGCUAAUAGAACCAGGGACUUCCCUCAAUGCUGGAAUACGAAUUGAAGUGUCCGGUUGGAGUUAUUCGGAGCGUCGAUUGUUUGACAACGGCGGAGGAGCCGUCUGUAAUGAUGAACUGGUUGGAGUGGUUUCCUUCGGUGCGGCUAACAAAAAGCAACCAUAUGUCGCUGUCCUUACCAACAUUUCGUAUUACCGAGAGUGGAUAGAACUCAACAGUCAAAGGUUUCUAAAAAAAUAUUGCCACUUGUACGAGAGAAAUAAUUUUGCUAACGCGGAAUAUAUUGUGGAUGACGACGCACAUUCCGGAACAAGUUUACUUUAUUAA